AUUGAUUUAAGUUUCUAGAUCUUUGUGGUUACGAUUCAGUGGCGACUUUAUCGUCAUCGUAAUUGCAAUUUUUCAUUUCUUAUUCGAUCCUUAUCCUCUAUUACUAUUAGUGGUAGUGGCAGCCAUAUUUGCAAACAGUAAAGAUGGGGAUGAGGUGAUUAUUGUCUGUGGUCUCCACCAUCAUGGUGAUUAUGGCAUAUUUAGUUAUCGAUUUGGAUAGUCACAACGCACCUCCAUCUUGACAACUCCUUACAACUAACCCAUCAGUAUCACAUAGGCCAUUGUGUGCCAAAAGUACCUAUUAUUGGAAUACUUAGUGCUGGAUGAUGAUUAAAAGCCAGAAAGGUCCUUUAAAUCUCAAUUAUGGUAGAAUUUGGUGGAAUUGAUUGAAAUUAUGGAGCUUUAUACUUCUAUAUGUAGCCUGUCUCUAUUCCUAUACUUCCAACCUAGUUGAAGAGAAGCUGCGUUCAUAUAAAAUAAUGUCGGAAUUACAGGCUUCGGUCAUGCUUCCUGUGUUAGAUUUUUCUGUACCAGUUUGUCCCUCCAUUCUCGCUUCCCUUGUACAGGCUUGUCAAGAAUGGGGCUUCUUUUAUGUCACUAGUCAUGGCAUCUCUAAAGAUUUGUUCAGCAAAGUUUGUUCUCUAUCAAGGCACAUCUUCAGCCUUCCUCAAGAUUCCAAACUCAGGAUAGGUCCAUUCUCGCGGCUUAGAACCUACACUCCCCCUUUCAUAGCCUCCCCUUAUUUUGAAAGUCUACGAGUGUCUGGACCAGAUUUCUUUGCUUCUUCAAAGAGUUCUGCUGAUGAACUUUUCUGUCAAGAGAAUUCUGAAUUUAGUGAGAUUAUGCAAGAGUACGGAAACAAGAUGUCAGAAUUAUCAACGAGAAUCAUAGAUGUUAUAUUGAUGAGUUUCGGAGAUGAUUACACAGAUAAGUUCUAUGAUUCAGAAUUUGGCCACUGUCACGGGUAUCUGAGGUUGGUAAAUUAUUCACCUCCAAAGAAUGUUGAAGAAAAGGAGGUUGAAGGACUUGGAAUGCACACUGAUAUGAGUUGUAUAACAAUAGUAUACCAGGAUGGGAUAGGUGGGCUGCAAAUGAGAUCUAAGGAAGGGGAAUGGACAGACAUCUGCCCUUGUGAGGAUGCUCUCAUAGUUAACAUCGGAGAUCUCAUGCAGGCUUGGAGCAACGGAAAAUUAAGAUCAUCAGAACACCGGGUUGUUUUGAAGCAGUCUAUGAACCGUCUCUCUCUGGCUUUCUUUUGGUGCUUUGAGAAUGAGAAGGUCAUUGUUGCUCCGGAUGAAAUCGUUGGAGAGGGUAUUCCUAGAAUUUACAAGCCAUUUGUUUGCCUGGAUUAUAUGAAGUUUAGAGAGAGUAAUGAAGAAGGGAAGUUUGAUAUUAUUGGUUACACAGUAAAAGAUUUUGCAGGCCUGAAACUUUGAAGUGUUGCAAUCAUGCUAGUUUUUGAACUGUUUAUGAUCCUGUCUUAUGGGAAUUGUGAUGGUGGUUUUCCUCCCUCCAAGUAACUGUAGCAGUAGUUUGGAGGUUGUUGGACAUCUAGGUUUGCACCAUGAGAACUAUUUUAGCAUUCAUGGGUUUCAUGCUCUUGUGAAUUAUGUGAAUGUUCUGGCUUCUAAGAGUGCAUGGUAAGAGAAGAUGGGAGGAACUCUUUGAGUUGAGAUGUGGUAGGGUAUGACUUUUGUUGAGAUGUGGUAGGGUAUGAUUUUUUCUUUCUGCCUUUUGAUAUUGGAAAAAGAUAUCUUCUUGUGUGUAUUUGGAUUCUGUGUUUCCCUAGUGAUAAUACAGUUGAGCUUCAACUUUUAUAUUGAAAAAGACCUUUGUAUAUUCUUGUGUGGAGGAAGCCCAUUGUUUUCUUUGUUUAUUUUGCCUUGUU